AUCCUCAAGCUAGCAGCAGAAGUAGCUUUUGACCAUUCAAGAAGCUAGCAGUUUAAAGGCGCAAUCAUUUUCCUUUCAGCACUUAAUUUGAAACUUUCACUCAUUUGUGUUUUUGAAAGUCGAGCUUCGUAUUCAUUCCGGAGAGUUAUGGCUGCGGAUUGGUUGGGGAGCUUGGUGUCAAUUAACUGUGGGCCAACACUGGGAGUCUAUCAAGGAGAGGUGGUGUCUGUGGACCAAUCCAGCCAAACCAUCUCCUUAAGACAACCGUUUCAUAACGGAGUCAAGUGCUCUAUUCCCGAGGUGACAUUCAGUGCCAUAGACAUAAAAGAGCUUAAGAUUUUAGAUAUCAGAAAUGGCAAUGCUAGGAACAGCUCUUCUGCAUCUACGAAGGUAAGCAGUGCUCCAGUUUCAGUACCAAAGGGUGACCCCAGGUGUGUGGAGAAACUGAACUCUCCUCAGCACUGCUCUAAAAGCUAUGGAGAACGUCAUCUGGAUGUUCCCGGCCAGCCAAAAGCAUUUCGUCGGAGACACAACUCCUGGUCGUCUAGUAGUCGAGGGGCAAACCAAGUGACACCGAAGAAGAAUGGGGUGAAGAAUGGUCAGAUGAAGCCCAGAGAUGAUGAGUGUUUUGGGGAUGGCAUGGAUGAUGGGCUGGAUACAGACUUUGAUUUUGAAGGAAACUUGGCUCUUUUCGACAAAGCAGCAGUUUUUUCAGAAAUCGACAUAUCGGAGCGCCGUAAUGGCGCAAGAUCACGUGGGACGCCUCAAGAGCAGACGCCAUCACGGUAUCGUCAUGAUGAAAACAUCCUGGAGGCCAAACCUAUUGUGUACAGACAGAUUACUGUACCGCAGCCAGGGGCCAAAGAGUACUGCACUGACUCUGGGCUUGUUGUACCCAGUGUAUCCUAUGAACUACACAAGCGUCUGUUGUCAGUCGCUGAGCGUCACGGUCUCUCACUGGAACGAAGACUUGAGAUGACUGGAGUGUGUGCCAGUCAGAUGGCACUUACGUUGUUGGGUGGACCGAACAGAUUCACUCCAAAGAAUCUACACCAGCGUCCCACAGUGGCUCUGCUUUGUGGCCCCCAUGUUCAGGGAGCUCAGGGCAUCAGUUGUGGUCGUCACCUGGCCAAUCACGAAGUCGAGGUCAUCUUGUUUCUGCCCAAUUUCGUCAAGAUGCUCGACUCAGUCACCAGUGAGCUCACACUCUUCAACAAGACUGGUGGCAAACAGGUGUCAAGUAUCAAAGAUCUUCCUGACACCCCAGUAGAUCUAAUCAUCAACUGUCUGGACUGCCACGAGAACACAUUCCUGAUGGAUCAGCCUUGGUACCGAGCCGCCGCAGACUGGGCUAACCAGAACCGAGCACCAGUGCUCAGCUUAGACCCUCCGGGUAGUGGACAGGGGCAGGCGGUCGAGGCCAAGUGGUCCCUCUCUCUUUGCCUCCCCCUUUCCCUAGCUGAGGGGGCUGGCAGGGUUUACCUUUGUGACAUAGGUAUCCCUCGCCAGGUGUUCCAGGAAGUGGGAAUCAAGUACCAUUCUCCUUUUGGCUGCAAAUUUGUCAUUCCCUUGCACUCUGCGUAAUGUGACGAAUGGUCAACAUGACAGAUUGAAUCUUUCACCCUCCAUGACCAUUUGGGUUUUGGCGCCUUACUGUAUAUUCCAGAGCUUCAGCUGUUUUUCAGUUCAUCCAUUAACUUUCUAACCCAUCAACAUGUGAAUGGGACUUCCUACUGUUUGGUACAUUAGUUCCACAAGGACUUAGUGCACGUAGAUAGGAUAGGAAAGAGCUUUACUGAAAAAGUAAAUGUGUUGUCCAUUAGAGGCUUCAGCAAUUAUGUAGAUACCAUUGUAUUUACGUGAUAUUGCAGUGUAUUUGGAGAAUAGGUUUUCAAAAAUACAGCUGACGUGUCAAAAAUAAUACCACAUAGUGUUCAGUUUAAAAUUGAAUAGGACAAUCUCCAACUUUAAAUGGAAAAAUUCUCAAUGUCACUGUAACCUCAUUCCAAAGCCAUCUGGUAAAUAAACAGAGAUCCACAAUAUAAUACAGGCAAGUGCGAUGUUAUUACAUACAAAAAUCCAUCAAUCUGUAUAUCAGUGUUACCAUUGCUAAUGGCUUUCCUUAUAGCCUGCCAUACUGUGCAGCACUCAGUUACUGUUGCCUGAUUUUUUUUAUUAUUUUUAUCAUUAUUUGUCAUUUAUGUGAGCUGUGUUUUCAAACUAAGCCAGUGCUGAAUAGGGCAGCUAAUCGAGAGAAUCCAGAUAUUCGCAGUUUUGUUUGUCAUGUUAAGGGCUUUGAUGAAGAUGACACAGCAUGCAAAACCUCUAGCGAUCUUGCCUCUAAGAGGGGAAAAAAAAAGGUUUGCUAACAAAAGUUUGGUAUAAUAGAGAGCUGAAGUCAUAACGUCACAUCCAGGCCAGCCUGUAGUUUCUGUAACUCAAUGCAAUUUCUUAAUGAAGCAUGUUUCUGGAGUUUUAUCUAGUACCACAGUUGGUAAAAGAAAUUUAAACCUUUGUGACGAAAUUGAACAAUGAUUACGAGGUUAGGAAAGGAAAACAAAAUGACAGCCCCUAAAAGAAAAACUACAAACAUGGCAGCGCGGGUAUGUGCGUCAUCAUAACUUGUUUUCGUCCAUAUCCAUAAAAUGUAGGAGGCUUAUGGGAAAUGGUGUUUGUCAAAGGUUGCUAAAAAACAAAUAUUGAGUUGAGUUGAACAUUGACAGGACAAGAUAUUUAUUUAUUAGCAUUGUUACAAAUAUCAGUGAGGUUUUGAAUGAGGUUUUCUUACUCCUGGAGCAGAGCAUGGACGUUCAGGUUUCACUUCAGCUCUCUAUUGUAUCAGUUAAAGGACCAUACCAUAGUGUUUGCAAGUCUUAGCUCUUUAACUACUAUCAUGCAUAAUUAACAUUUGUUCUGACCUGUUUUACAUGCAGACUACAGUUUAAAAUGUUUUGAUAUGUGUUGCUCUUGGUAUCCAAUUGCUAUACAAUAUCAAAAUCAAUUGACAAACUCUAACAACUUUGUUAUGUUGUGUAAUGUUUCACAGCAAACAUCCAAUCUGUUUUGUUCAGUGUCACGUAAUUUUUGAUAUGUAGUUUAAUCACAGACUUCAAAAGUCUGCACUGCUUUACACCAACAAAAACUAAUGCUUACUUGACAUUGUCUGUGAUUGACAAAAGUUUUCAAGAGAGUAGAUUUUUCAUGUUGUAUGAGAAUAAGUACAAUACAACGGAAGGCAAAAAGCAUCUGAAUCUAUAAAACACAGUAGCACGGGCUGCUGAGGGUUGGUUGUGGUGUAAAGUUUAAGUGAUUUGUAAUAGAUUAGCUAAAAAAAAAACAUGGGUAUGGUCCUUUUUUAGGUUUCAAGCCACAUGAUUGAAUUUUAACCUUGUCGGUUCAAAUGUUGACAGCUUUUCAAAGAUCAAAGACGUGUCGGUUAGUAGCAUUUUCUAAAGUAUAAAUGCUCUGUAUAUGUGGAAUACAUUUAGGUUGAAUUGUUUUAUUUUAAACUUAAAAUCAACAUGCAGAAUCCUGCCCUCUCUGAACUAAUUAGAUCGGGUCUUUGUGAUGAGAAUUUUUCUUUUGUUGCCUCCUGAUGUUAUGGGGUAAGCCUGUUUAUGUACUCGAUCGUUGGUGGUAUUAACCAUGAAACUAAAGCAUAGACUGUGAAAUACAAGAAGAGCUGCUUGUUCUGUGCUUCUUGAGUCCUUGACAGAGGGGCUGUAGGCCUCUCUACUGCCAGAUCUGUUUGACAGUGAAAGUCAAACCCUUUGCUUGUUCUUUAACAAGAUCACGUUCACUUAAAAUGUCUUUUUCAGUCUUUUGUGUCAUUGAGGUGAAGUCUAGAAAAUUCUGAAUUGCAGUUGCGGAGGUUACAAAUCAUCCAGGGCUGUGUCUCAUGGUGUGGUAUUGUCUCCACAUGUGAACUUAAGUCUCAGAUUUGCAUUAUAUGUGUGGAUUGUUCUCUGUGCACAUUAGCCAGCACAGGGUUCAUAUGCUGAUUGUGUGAAAAUGACAUUCACACACAAAGGUUUUGUCCUUUCUCCAACAUUCCUCCAGCCUGAUGUGUUAUGUCUCAUCUGUUGAGACAAGUCUGCCUGUGACAGCCAGCGUUACUGAAUGUGAACAGAAGAUGCGUUUUGUUUCUCUUUGGCCGCCAGGGGGCCACGAACCCACAGUUCUGGUGGCUCUUCCUUAUUCUGCUGAAAUGGCAGCGUUAUGUACUGAACACUAUUUCCUCAAAGGAGGAGUGUUAUUUUCUCUACGAAAUGUGAAACAGCCUGAAGCCGAGUGGCUUCUCUUUUGUAGGUUUAAGGGGGAGUUAAAUUGUUAUAAAAAAACCAAACAAAAAAACAACGCUGGUUAUGUUUCUUGGGAAUUAGUUUACAUGUUUCAAAUGUGGAUGUUAAGUCCAUGCAAAAUCAGUGUGCAGUUGACAUACAAUUGCAAUAAAUAAUCAGUGGGCGGUCGAGAUAACUGUUUCCUUUGGGAGCGAAGUUCACUGUCAGUGUGUCAGUGUCCAGUCCUCCUGUGUCAUGUCUGCAGAUUGAAACAAUAAUAAAAAAUAAAACAAA